AUGACGCUGUUCUGCCUGGCCAGGGUUUUCCUCUCGCUGCGCUCUCAUUGCAGAGCGUCUCUGAACCCAGCUCAGGCUUUACCGAGCCGAGCCGCACCGGGCUGUACCGGGACCACACCGGGCUGUGCUGGGAGGACCCGAGCGUCUGACCCGGGCUCCUCUCACGUGCUGCAGCGGUGCGGUGCCGCUGGCCGCGCGCACGCCGCUCUCCUCUCUGGACACAUCCCUGAGGACGCCCCACGCGGCACAGUGGUGCGCGGUCUGCUUCUGCCGCGCUGCGCUGGAGCGGACCCCGCGGUGUCUCUGUCCGGGGACCACUCUACGGACUUUCGCCUGGUGCCGCGUGCGCACCGCGCGGAAGCGCGGCUUGGACUGGUGUCCACGCGCACACUGGACCGAGAGUUUAUAGCCAUGUACACGCUGCGCGCGCACCUGCCCGUGCGCUGUCAGACCAGGCGCGUUCACCUCCAGGUAGAGGUGACGGACGUAAAUGACAAUGUCCCGUACUUCACUUCAGGGAACCGCACCGUGGACGUGGAUGCGCUGACGCCGCUUGGAACAGAAUUAACGCGGUUUGACGCGCGGGACGCAGACGCGGAGCUGAACGGACGUGUAAAGUUCUACAUUUCUCCCGAGAUCCCGCAGCUGCAUGUGGUACCGGGGAGCGGGCAGGUCCUGCUCGUAGAUUCUCUGCUCGGGCUCCAGAGCCUCACCGCGCGCGUUUUCGUGAAGGAUGACGGGGACGCACCGCGCGUUGGAGAGCCCAUGUUUCUGCACGUGAAUGUGCGUUCCAGGGCGCCACAUAGGAUCACAAGGCGCGCUCUUUUGGAGGAGCUGACAUAUACCGUGAACGUGCCCGGGGGUGUGCGCUUGGGGCAGCUGCUGUUCACGCUCCCGCCGCGGUUCGCGCAGCGCCGCGUGGAGCUGCUCUCCUCCGCAGCUCCCGUCACCGUGGAGCGCGACACCGGAAGGAUCUACCUGGCGCGUGCACUCACCAGGGAUGAAGAGGUCACCGUGCGCGUGCACAACCUCAGAGGUGCAGAGUGGUACCUGUCCCAUGUGUCCCUGCUCCUGCCUAAGCCCCGCCCCCUCACCUGGUCCAUGUUCCCGUCUCCGUACCUGAGCGCCGUGAGUCCAGACGCCAAAGCCGGGACGGAGGUCUACAGACUCUAUGUCCGUUCAUACAUACAGUCUGUGGUUAAAACACUGUGUUGUAUCUCCACAGGGGGAGAGGGCUGCUUCGAGGUGGACCGGCGCUCAGGGCAGAUCCGGACCACAGGACGACCUUUGACCCCCGGGGCCGAGUACCUCUUGCAGGUCCAAGUCCAGACCCGGGGCCGGGACUCAGGCUCCGGUCAGGUGCUCUCCGCCUCUGUGUGGGUGCUCGCUGGUCUCAGAGCGCCACAGUUCACCAACGAGAGCUACGUCCUGAGGGUAGAGGAGAACACCGCCCCCUCUCAGCCAGUGGGCGUGGUGGAGGCGGUCUCUUUUCAGUCCCGCCCCCUUUCCUACAUCCUGCUGCUGAACCCUGGAAACCUGUUCAGUGUGAACCAGGCGACGGGAACGCUGAGCUUGACCCGGAACGUGGACUACGAGAGCGGAUACAACAUCCACGCUCUGCAAGUCCGAGCGGCGGAGGAGGAGACCGGACUCAGCGCGGUGACUGAGGUGGUGGUUCACAUCACAGAUGUAAAUGACUGUACUCCUGAGUUCCUCCAGUCCAUUUACACCAGAGACAAUGUCCCAGAGACUGUGAGCCCAGGGACAUCUGUACUACAGGUUCUGGCUCAUGACUGUGACUCAGGUCUGAACUCAGACUUGUCGUACUCAGUUUUGUCUGAGGACUUUUCCAUCUCACCUCUGGGCGUGCUCAGUCCGGCGCGGCGACUGGACUUCGAACGGACCAAUCACGCAUACGAGUUUGUGGUGGUCGCCGUGGACGCGGGAACGCCCCCAAGAACGGGCUCGGCCUCGGUCCGCAUCCGGGUCGCCAAUAGCAACGAUGAGCCGCCAGUCUUCUCCCAAAACAUAUAUCACACGUUUCUGAGCGAGGACGCCGGGCCGGACGCUCUGGUCGCCAUUGUCCACGCCCACGAUCCCGAUGGAGACGCUGUGACCUACGCCAUCACCGGGGGCAACGAGGACAGCAACUUUGUCCUGGACAGACACAGAGGGGUGAUAAAGCUUCGCCGUAGCCCCGCCCCCUCGCUCUCCGGGCCGCAGUACAUCCUGAACGUCACAGCAACCGAUGACAAUGCGUCCGGCGGGCCACACCCCCUCAGCUCCACCGCACAGGUCCUAGUGGGCAUCAACGACAUCAACAACAACAAGCCAAUCUUCACCAAGUGUGCUAAGUACAGUGAGCAGGCCUUUGUGUUGGAGAACCAGCCCCCAGGCGCCUCGGUGCUUCGUGUCCAGGCCCAAGACGCCGAUCUGGGGCAGAACGGAGAGGUGCGCUAUGGUCUCAUGGAGAGAGACAGCGUCCAAUCAGGAUUCAGCAUUGACCCCCUGACAGGAGUGAUCACCACGACGGUGACCUUUGACCGGGAGCGUCAGAGGGAGCUCAGCCUAUCGGUGACCGCCACAGACCGAGGGGAGGAGCCGCUGAUUGGCAUCUGCGUCAUCACCAUUGCCGUGGGAGACGAGAACGACAACACGCCACGCUUCGAAAACAGUCGCUAUCAAUACUUCCUGAGAGAGGACACUCCGGUUGGGACUAGUUUCCUUCGGGCAGCGGCACACGAUGACGACCAGGGCAGUAACGCGGCCAUCACGUACUCCCUGACCAAUCAGAGCCCGGCUUACUUAGGCGUCAAUCCCAGUACGGGCUGGAUCUACGUCAACCACCCCAUUUCACAGACAUCCAGGAUCACACAGCAGAUUGUUGCUACAGACGCAGGAAACCGGAGCAGCUCUGUGGAGCUGAGCGUUACCAUCACCAACCUGCACAACCAGCCCCCCCUAUGGGACAAGAACGAGUACUACGUCACUAUACCUGAGAAUACAGCAAGAGACGCCAAGAUACUGACUAUCAGAGCGACCUCUCCCCUGGGCGACCCCCGUGUGACCUAUAACCUGGAGGAGGGUCUGGUACCUGAGACUAACCUGCCGGUGCGGUUCUACCUCAGACCAAAUCGGUCUGACGGGUCGGCCUCGGUCCUGGUGGCUGAGAGCCUCGACUAUGAGACCACCCGGCUCUUCACGCUCCGAGUCCGAGUCCAGAAUGUGGCUGCGGUUCCUCUGGCGUCCUUCACCACAGUUUAUGUCAAUGUGACCGACGUGAAUGACAAUGUGCCGUUCUUCCAAUCCUCCACAUACGAGGCCACAGUCCCAGAAGGAGCCCAGACCGGGACUACAGUGAUCCAGGUCUCUGCCAUGGACCGGGACUCUGGACCACAUGGAGCUGUGCGGUACUCUCUUUUGGGGGAUGACAGUGGAGAUUCCCAGUUCUUCAGGAUAGACCCACAAUCUGGAUCCAUCGAGACUCGGGCAUCGUUCGACCGGGAGCAGAAGUCCUCUUACCUGCUGGAGGUCCAGUCUGAGGACGGGACUGAGUCUGCCAGAGCAGGACUACAGGGACUACCCAACACGGACACUGCAUACGUGCGUGUUUUCGUGGCUGAUGUGAACGAUAAUGCGCCGCAGUUUGAAAAGCCUCUGUACGAAGUGAGUGUGGAUGAGGACCAGGAAGUGGGCUAUGGAGUCAUCACUGUGACGGCCACUGACCAGGACGAAGGAGCGAAUGCUAAGCUGCGGUACCAGGUGUCGUCAGGUUCCUCGGACCCGGGCCUGGGCUGGUUCGACGUGGAUCCGGAGGUUGGGCGGGUUUUCGUAGCACAGCGUCUGGACUUUGAGACGAGGCGGAGACUGGAGCUGAGGCUGGUGGCGUCCGAUGGGAAAUGGUCCAAUGAGACGCUCCUCAUCAUCAACAUCAUCAACCAUAACGAUGAAGCGCCGGUGUUUAGCCACGCCCUCUACCGCGCGUCUGUGCAGGAGGAGAGCGCCACACUGCCACUGCUGCUCCUACAGGUCUCUGCCGUGGACCCAGACCUGGACUCGGACCAGUCUCUGCUCCAGUUCUCUCUUCACGGUCAGGGCUCUGGAGGUGACUUCUCCAUCGACCCUCAAACCGGCUCCAUCUACGCUCUGCGCCGCCUCGACCGGGAAGAGCGCCCCCUGUGGAGGUUCUUGGUCCUGGCCACAGAUGAGGGCGGGACCGGGCUGACAGGAUUCGCAGACGUGGUUUUGGAGGUGAAGGACAUAAACGAUAACGCUCCCUUCUUCCCGUGUGCCGCGCUGGAGGAGGACGGCUGCUUUGUGGGGCGCGUUCCGGAAAAUUCCCCCGCCGAUACUUCCGUGAUGGAGAUGAGAGCGAUGGACUUGGACGACCCGAAUGAGGGGACGAACGCGGCGCUCACGUACAGCAUUGUGCAGAACGUGAAAAAUGAGAUAAACCUAAAUCUGUUUGCGAUAAACACGAGCACGGGGACCAUCUCCACGGUGCUGCGGUCUCUGGACAGGGAGCAGCAGCAGCGCCUCCUGGUGGUGGUGGAGGCUCGGGACGGAGGGGGGCUGAGGGGGACGGGCACAGCUACGAUCCUGGUGACAGACGUGAACGACCAUCCACCAGUCUUCACACAGGACUCCUACUCGGCUCAGAUGUCUGAGGAUUUGGACGUAAACAGUGAGAUCUUGGUGGUUUCGGCCACAGACUCAGAUUUGGGUGAAAAUGCAGCGGUGACAUUCAGUAUUGUGGGCGGAGACGAAGAGCGAAAGUUCUUCAUCGAAACAAACAAAACGAAUAACCGCGGAAUCCUCAAACUCCAGAAGAAAGUCGACUUUGAGAAGCCAAACGAGAGGAGCUUUAAUCUGACGGUGAAGGCGGAAGACGCAGACUUUUACUGCCUCAGCCACGCUCUCAUACAGGUCCGUGACGCUAACGACAACGCACCGGUUUUCCUGCCACAGUUUUACGAAGCUCCGGCGAUGUCCGAAGAUUCUCCGGUCGGAUCCAUCAUCACUCAGGUCACCGUUUUAGACCUGGACUCCGGACAAAAUGGUCGAUUCUCCUUCAGCAUCGCCAAAGAAUCCGAUCCUCACGGGCAGUUUGCGGUUGACGAGGCCGGACACGUCGUUUUAGCCGAUUCUUUGGACCGAGAGAAGAUCUGGCAACACCGGAUCGUAGUUUUAGCCACAGAUAUGGGAGAGCCCGCGCUAACUGGCACCGCUAUUGUGAUGCUAACAGUUUUGGACAUUAACGAUAACGCUCCAGAGUUUGAUGCGGAUUACAAGCCGAUAGUUUGGGAGAACACCGGCGCCCCUCAGACUGUAAAGAUGAACAGUUCUUCGGUUUUGCUUCACGUCAAAGAUCGAGACGCAAGUGGAAAUGGUGCGCCGUUCACGAUACAGAUGCUGCAGCUAACUACGGACGCUGCGAGUUUUAACCUGACGGACCUGGGCAACGGUAGUGCUACGCUAACGGCACUGAGGACGUUCGACAGAGAGCAGCAGAAGGAGUAUCGAGUUCCCAUAAUGCUUCAGGACAGCGGCGCUCCGCCUCUUAGCGCCACACACACUGUCACCGUGACGAUUGGAGACAGAAAUGACAACCCACAUGAACCAGCGCACACUACCUUCAUCCUGUACAGCUACGACGGCCUCCUCCCUGAGACUGUCCUGGGGAAGGUCCAGGCUCCAGACCCUGACGACUGGGGACAGAAACACUACAGCUUCAAAGGGACCUCACCCAGUGUUUUCAGUCUGAACCAGAGCUCAGGUGAACUGUCCGUCUCUGAGGCCACGCCCCCUGGUUCGUACCUGCUGCAGGUGGGCGUGGCUGACCACACCUGGCCUGAAGUCACCUGCAGUGUGAGCGUGGAGGUGAGAGAGCUCCCCCCAGAGGCGCUGAGGAACGCUGCAGCCGUCAGAAUACACAAUGUGACACAUCUUCAGUUCUUCGGCCCUGUCCUUGAUCAGAGCCUGUUUGCUCGUCUGUGUGGAGCUCUGUCAGACCUCCUCCACCUCCCCCCUGACCACGUGGACAUCUUCUCCCAGUCCGAGGCCUCUCUCCCUGGACACACGGCUCUGGACCUCUGGCUCUCUGCUCGUGGACCCUCGUAUCUCAAACCAGAGAAGAUACUCGGAUACAUCAGUGCGUACAAGGACAAGCUGGAGUCCUCUCUGGGCGUGUCUCUGUCUCCGCUGGAUGACUGCCCCCUGGUGGACUGCUCUGGCGGCUGCAGUACAGAGGUGGACUUCAGUCUAGACCCGGUGUCGCUCGGGUCCGGUGCCGUGGUUCUGGUCUCAGUUAAACCCACAGUGAAGACUCAGUGUGGCUGUAGAUCCAGAGAGCUCACCCACACAUCCUGCUCCUCCUACCCCACAAACCCCUGCCUGAACGGGGGCAGCUGUUACGACGGGCCCCUGGGAUUUAGGUGCCGCUGCCCCCCUCUCCUGGACGGCCCUCGUUGUGAGCUGACUCGUAUCUCGUUUGGAGGUUCUGGUUUCUCCUGGUUUCCUCCUGUCCGGCUCUGCUCCUUCAGUCGUGUGUCCGUGGAGUUCCUCUCUGAGACGUCCUCUGGGCUGCUGCUGUACCAGGGCCCCCUCAGCCCAGCGCAGGGAGAGGGCCAGGGCUUCAUGGCUCUGGAGUUGAUCGAAGGCGUCGCUGUCUUCAGUCUAAACUUGGGAUCAGAGACAAUGACUCUGGCUCUGUCCUCUGAGUCUGCAGUGCGAGACCGAGACUGGCACAGGCUGGACAUCCUCAUACAGCGGGAGUUUGUGGAGCUGAGCCUGGACCAGUGCAGUGACUCUGGCUGCAGAGUGAGCGGACAUGUUACUGGAGAACACAGGCUGCUGGGCGUGUGGCUCCCCCUGCAGGUGGGUGGGGUGAAGCACUUCUCUCCUCUGCACAGAUACACCAGCUUCAACGGCUGCAUCAGGAACCUCGUGGUGAACUCAGAGGUGUAUGAUCUGGCUUCUCCAGGGGAAAGUCUGGACUCGUACCCAGGCUGCAGGCUCACUGACGGGGUGUGUCUGACCGCAAUAGGCCCCUCUUGUGGAGAACACGCCUCCUGUUUGUCCCAAUGGGGCUCCUUCAGCUGCGACUGCCACCCUGGAUUCACCGGACACAAGUGUGAGACAGUGGUUCCAGAGUUCUCAUUGGACGAGGACAGUGUGGUGCGGCUCCAGCCCAGAGGGGGCGCUGAUCCUCGGAAAACAUCUGUCCAACUGCUGCUGAGGACCAGAGAAGAACAUGGGACCAUUCUGACGGUGGAGACACGAGACGGACGGCACAUGUGUGUGGAGGUCAGAGGUGGUCUCCUCUCUGUCCGCGCAGACCUGGGAUUUGGACCUCAGACUCUGGUUCUUCCUGGAGUCAGAGUGGAUCUGGGAGAGUGGAUCUAUGCCGAGCUCCACCGUUACGAUUCCCGCCUCACCUUGCAGCUGGAAGGGGGCGGGGGGAGCAGGGAGUUUCCCCAAUGUUUCUUCUGCACCAACAAGAAAGACGCGCAAAUUCAGGUUUACAGUCGGCUGUUCACCUUCAUCUUAGAGAAACACAUGACUUAUUUGAAGACAGUGACAUGCUGCCUGAGGGACCUUCGAUUCAACGGCUUGCUGCUUCCUCUGGACGGGCGGGGCUCAGAGGGCGUGGCCGUGCUGGAGAACAGGGGCGUGUCCUCAGGCUGCCACAGCGAAUCAUGUCGCUCCAUUUCAUGCUCCGGCCCCCUACGCUGUGUGGAUCUGUGGAGAAAACAUGAGUGCAGAUGCCCCGGCUCUCAGAUGCUGCUCUCUGAUUCGUUGGGUCGCCAACGCUGUGUCCCGUCGCCGUGCCGACCGUCCUCCUGCCGCCGCGGCUCUGUGUGUCAGCCCCUGUCUCCCGAGCACUUCCUGUGUCGCUGUCCGGAUGGGGUCAAAGGUCAGCGGUGCGAGCUGGGGUUACUGAGGGGUCACCGCACGGCAGCACUGAGCCCGAGCUCCAUCCUCGCCAUCAGCAUGUGCCUGCUCGUGUUUCUCGGGGUGCUGGUGGCUGUGACUGUGUGGAAUCAGAAGGGAAGCAGGAACAAGUUCAGGAAGCGCUGCGUUUACCAUGUCCCCCCAGAGCACGAGAGCUGGGAGGGCAUCCGGGAGAAUAUCCUAAACUACAACGAGGAGGGAGGAGGAGAGCAGGACCAGAAUGGUUAUGACAUCUCAGAGUUGAAGCGUCCUCUCUGUUCGAGUUUGUCUCAGUCUUCUUCUUGCACCACGGCUCCUCUGCUGCGCUCCUCCCCCGGGUCACAGGAGGAGGUGCACUGUGGCGCCCCCUAUAGGCUGCACCACCUGCAAUCUGUGACGCACGUGGACUUCCGGAGUUACGUGACGCGGAUUGUUUGGGAGGCAGAUCACCACAGCGCCGCCUUUCCUCCAGAUACACUACACGUCUGGAGAGAGGAGGGAGCCGGGUCCAGUGCGGGCAGUCUGAGCUCGCUGGGGUCAGACAUCAAUGAGAGAGGAGAAUGCAACAUGGGCCUGCUCCCGUCCCUGCGCCCGUCCCUGCUCCCGUCCCUGCUCCCGUCCCUGCUCCCGUCCCUGCUCCCGUCCCUGCUCCCGUCCCUGCUCCCAUCGGUUGUUCUCCUGCCGGCUCUGCUCCUGUCAGUGGCUCCACGUUGCUCCAUUGGGAACUUAAAUAAAAAGUCAUGA